AUGGGAGGCAAAAAGCACACAUCUAAAACUCUCGUGAAGAAGGAUGCUAUGCAUCCAAAUUCCCGACACGCAUUUCAACGCGCCCGUGUUGUACUUCGAUCUCGCCGGCUGAAUGAAGCCCACGCAGCGCGCCGACGUCAACGGUCUGCCAAAGUAGACCGCAUUUUGGCAUUUGUGCUCCUAUUAUCCGAAGAUAAAACCCACAUUCCGGACUUGUACGCUUUUCAUGACUUUAUGACGACAUUUUUUCUAGCACGUCAUGAUGAAGAACUCGCUGAGCUGCAAAAGGCUCAAAGACCCGGCCGUCCCAAGAGCAAGCGACUCUUGGAACUAGAACGGCUCAUCGCGUCUGAAAAGCGCGAGUAUCACGACGGUAUGGUGGUACCCGAUCUAUGUAACGAAACGAACGUGGAACUUCUUCGCCAGUGGGAGGGAGAUCCUCAAGCACUCCCACUUUUCCGCUUUGUGCGUAUCAGCUCGUCAGAACGAGACUCGUUUCGUGUAAUUCAGGCAGGAACACACAAGCUGCUCCAAAAUACAAGCAGCCAUUGA